UGAGUUGCAUGUAAAAAAGUAUUGUCUACUCUAUAGCUUAAAACAGUGGUUCUCAAAAUGUUCACAUCAAAUACCUCCCAAGAAAAUAUUUAACCUUCUAAACACCUCCACAUCUAAACCACACUUAAGAAGAAGAGUAUAUCCAGUCUAAAUUAAGACAUAUACUACAACUGCAGAGUAUCCAAAGUACCGCCAAUGGUACAUGUACCACAGUGUGAGAAACACUGGCCUAAAACAUUACAUCAUCGUAAUCAAGAAUUAAAUUGAGAACAAAAUGACAACUCUGACAUAGAUCUAUAAAAGAUUAAUGCUUUGGUCUUGUUACUUAAACGUGUGAAUAAAGCAAAACACACACACACACACACAAAAUCAUUUUAAUUUAACUGUCAAAUAAUUAUAAAGUAUUUGUUUAAAAAAAGAUGAUAUUGCAGAUGGGAAUUAUAAUGCACCUACAUUUAUUUAUUUAUUUAUUUAUUUAUUUAUUUAUUCGGUUUUUCGAAGAUCAUCCGGAAAUUUGACAGCACACCGAAAUGCAUUGUGGGAUUUGUUGUUUGUUGAUAGGCUGCUGCUAACAUUAACCACUGCGCUCACUUUGUACGCUUUUGAGCUGACAAAACUGUUAUUAAGGACAGAAAUUAUAAACUGAAAGGCGAUCGAUUUUUCAGCUUUCUCGAUUUGAAUCAUGUAGCUAAUUUGAAAAAGCGAAAAAGCUACUUAAAUUUUCAGUAUGACUUGUUGAUUUUUUAUUUUAUUUUAAUUUUUUUUUUUAUUUUUUUAUUUUUUUUUUUUGCUAUAAGUCACAUAGACUUACUUUUGGAUUUAAAAAUUUUAUAAUAUAUUUUUAUUUUUAUUGAUAAUCUCGAUAACCCACGUCCCGCAUACGUCAACGUAACGUCACAUUUGCAGGAAGUGGGAGUUACUUGUUGUUGUUUGCAGGCGCGCUAAGUUUAAUCACUUUAAAAUGUCGUCUUGCUGUGUUCUUGGCUGCGAGAAUUGGAGAAACAACACUUGUGAUUCAAAGCUAAAGUUUUACCGCAUACCAGCAGACACUCCUUCGCAGAAAACAAGGAGACAAUUGUGGUUGAACGCGAUAAGACGGAGCAACUGGACAGAGACGAUCGUAAACAAUGCUCAUGUCUGCAGCGCACACUUCAUAUCAGGAGAAGCUUCACUGGAUGCUGAAAGCCCAGAUUUCGUCCCCUCUGUUUUCCCCCAUAAACAGCAGAAUAGCAUCCCGAGUGAAAAGAUGGAAAGGCCGGCAAGAAAAAAGAAAAAGGAACAUCGAAAAAUGCUGCAGAAAUCCACAAACAAAGAAAUCACAAAAGAGGAUAUCCUGGAACUGCGGUUAAUUGCUCCUGAUGCUGUUGUCCUUACCAGCAUUGAAAAAAGUGACACAGACACAGCGUCUGAGUGUGACAAGGUGGAGGAUCCCCCAGAGCCGCCAGAGCCACCCACUGCUGCGCACGACCCCGCCCUUGAGCAGCAGAGAACAGCAGCAGACCUAAAGGAAUCAUGUAAGAAGGCCUUUCAAAAGAGCAGAAGAAACAUCCAUACUGAACAAUGUGGUCCCUCAAUGGCAAAUGAAACACUGAAAAAAAAAGAGGACAAAGUCUUGGUGCCCAAAUCAAGUUUCAAAGAUAUCAUUACUGGUAAAAACAUAAACUAUCAAGACUUGAAAAUGCAACACAGCGUACUCUACCAGGCCUACACCAAACUGUUAGCGGAGGCUCAACAACUACGCACUGACAACGAGAAACUGCGCAACUCCCUCCAAAGUGAUUUCUCCAAACUCUCCUACCGCUUUUUAAAAUGGGACGCCAAACAGAUCAGAUUUCUCACCGGACUCCCCUCGGUUGCAUUUGACUGGCUUCUUUCACGCAUCGAAUACAACGUCAUCAGAGUUCAUCCCGAGUUCAAAGCGGAAGACCACCUUUUGAUCGUCCUGAUGAAAUUAAAAAUGGGGCUUUGCGACGACGAUUUGGGCUAUCGAUUCCGAAUGAGCGGAGAAAUCAUCACGGCAAUCUGUCAAACGUGGAUUCCCACCCUGGCCGUCCUGCUCAGUCCGCUCAUCGAAUGGCAAAGUGACGACGUGAUCCACAAAAGCAAGCCAGACAUAUUCAAGACGAAAUUCAGGAAAUGUUGCUGCUUUUUAGACUGCGUGGAAUUCGCAGUAGCUACACCCAAAGGCGCCACAAAACACGUCAAGUAUUUCGUAAGCACCACUCCGGCUGGGGCCAUUUCGUUCCUGGCACCGGGGUUCAACAGGAGUGUUUCAGAACAGCAGGCCUUAAAGAUGUCAGGGUUCUUCGAAUUGUUUAAAACUCCCAGUCAGAUUUUGGCCAGCAGGACUUUUGCGAUCAAAGAAGAGCUCGCUAAAAUCAGAGUGACCUUACAUACUCCAGCCAGGGGAUUCACAGCGGACUCGGCAGUGUGGAGCCAUGUGAAUGUAGUGCUUGGUUGGUGGAAGGACUUUGGAAUAUUUCAGACGGCUGUACCGGCGUCAUACGAGGAGAUGAUGAAUGACGUGGUGAUGGCCUGUGCCGCUCUCACAAACUUGAAAAUGAGUCUAGUUCCAAACGUCGUCAAAAAUCAGAAACGAAAAAGAAAAAGAAAAGAUGCUGUGUGAGUUUUGAUUUUGUUCGUUUGUUUAUUUGUUGAGGUCUGUCUGAUUCGUUUAAAGUUACAGUAUGUGACGUUCUGGACAUGAAACAGUGGAAGGAGAAAGUUAAAACCAUAUUUAGAUUACUUUCCGUGGAGUUAGAGAAGUUGUGCAAUAUUAUAGCCAAAGGAACAACAUUUCUGUGGAAACUUGCAUUUCCAGACCAAAUAAGUCAAGUUUGUGGAGAUGAGAGCCUGCUCAGAGUAAUUACCAAUGUUUUUUAUGUGUUUCAGUGCAAUAAAAACAACCAAAAUGAAAAAAAAAAGAAAAAAACUUACACAAGCAAUUUAGUGUAAGUUUCAUCUUGUACUGUUGGAGUACUUCUUAAGCUUGUGCACCUGCAUCUAGGAUAGUAUUUUGCUUAAACCAGGCAUGUCCAAACUAUGUCCCGUGGGCCAAAUGCGGCCCUCAGACAAUUUUUUCUUGACCCUCAGGUUUCCAGGUGAAUUUGCCCAUGCCUGCCUUAUAUCAAUUAUAAAUUAACUUUUUACUGCAAGUUUUUUGAAAAGUCUACCCUGAUAAAGUUAAUAUUUAGUGUGUGGUUUUAAGGAUCUUAGCUUGAAUAAAGACUGCUGGCUCAUUCUAACAUGUUAAACAUGCACAUAUUUCAAUUAUUCACUGUAAUGAGCUCCAGUCAACGGCCCUCGAUCAGCCCUCUGCUUCGUCUGUGUUUAGAGAUGUGGCUCUUGAUGAAAAAAGCUUGGACACCCCUGGCUUAAGGUAAAGAAAACUUUAAAGCAAAGGGGUAUACUAGUUUAGUAUAUAAUGUCAUGUUUUGUUUACAGUUUGUUUAUUAAAUGCCAUUCACUGCAUACAUUGAAUAAGAUCAUAUUUAUAUUUCCGUCGUGUGUAUUUUAAUGGAUGAGUUCACCUGUUACUUCUGAUCUACGCUGGUAUUAAUUUGUUUAGUGAGUUUUGUUUUAACAGUGCCUCAUAAGC